CAUCCCUCACACGGAGCCCUCCAAACUUCACGUAUUGGACUAACGACAGACGGACAAAAACCAGUCGUGGUACUUUUCAGGACGUGGAGCGACUUUUUUUCGUUCGUUUUGAAUGAUGAACCAGUAGCGAGCAUCAAAUCGCACCAUGAUUGACCUGCGAGCAUGGGCCCAGUACGUCGUGGAGUGGGCCGCCAAGGACCCCAAAGACUUCCUGAUCACCGUGCUGAUGGCGCUCACGCCUCUCUUUAUCGCUUGCGCGCUGUUGUCGUGGAAACUGGCCAAGAUGAUCGAGGCGCGCGAGAAGGAGCAGAAGAAGAAGCAGCGGCGUCAGGAGAACCUGGCCAAGGUGAAGAGGAACUAGAAAGAUAGCUGUGUGGACACUGAAGGUAUGGAAAGAAUGAAAAAGAAAGAAAGAAAGGACGGGGACACACAUAGUGCCACCACCCCAUUCCUCGAGCACCAGCACAGACCUCCUCGGGUCGGAAGGCGGGGCGGGGGGGCACUUGCCCCCACCGGUCAGACAGUCCAGGGACGGACAUUCCUGUCGGACUUCCCUCAGCGAGCGUCCGUUCGACAUUUUUAACAAGUUUGCUCGGAUGUGUGUCGCUUUUGCCACACAUUGCAUUCCAUCGUUAACAUCAUUGUUGUGUUCACUUGAUACGAAAUGAAGCCCUUCU